UAUGGGGUCCAGUGCAUUGCUUCUCAUCUUGCUGAUGUCCUUCAUCCACUCUGGACUCAAUCAAGAUUUACCCACAUCUACACUGACUGUGACACCAGACAGAUCUGUAUUCACUGGAGAGACAGUCAAUCUGAAGUGUGUGAUAGAGACUUACAGAUACUGGAUCUGGAGAAAUUACCAGAGAGAUGACUGGAGAGACUGGACACAUGAGUGGAGAUAUGAGUGGUAUAAAAGCAGCAGAGAGAGUGUGAAGUUACAGAGGUCUGAGCGUCACACUGUAUACAGAGACACUCUCAGUAUUGUUAAAGCUGUUACAUCUGAUCAGGGUCAGUACUGGUGUAGAGGACUGAGAGAUGGAAGACCAAACUCAUCACAAUUAAGCUCUGCUCUUUCUCUCUCUGUGAAGGAUAAACCGAAGCCAAUUCUGACUGUAAAGCCUCAGAGUUCAGUGUUCACUGGAGACACAGUUUCUCUCAGCUGUGACGUGGGACAGUCAACUGGAUGGACGUUUCUCUGGAGGAAAGACUCAAACCCUGAAUCCAUUGAUCAUUCAACUAAAACAAUCAGUUCUGUGAGAGUCUCUGAUGGAGGAACAUACCAGUGCAGAGCAGAGAGAGGAAAAUACUACACAGAGAUCAGUGAUACAAUUAAGAUAACAGUGAGAGAGAGACCCAAACCUGUAGUGCGUGUUCAGCCUGAUGUUCGUGUGUUCAGAGGAGAGACGGUCACUCUCACAUGUGACAUACAGGAGACAGGAGUCUGGUGGUACAGCUGGUAUAAAGAUCAAGAUUACAGCAGAGGACAAGACCAGAUCUAUUACACCGCAGGACAAGACAAGAGCUAUAUAAUCACAUCUGUGGAUCGGUCUCAUGCUGGUGUGUACAGCUGUAGAGGAACCCAGACUAAAGCCCCACAGUACUCAGAGAUCAGUGAUAAAGUUACACUGACAGUAUCAGAUAAACCGAAGCCAAUUCUGACUGUAAAGCCUCAGAGUUCAGUGUUCACUGGAGACACAGUUACUCUCAGCUGUGACGUGGGACAGUCAACUGGAUGGACAUUUCUCUGGAGGAAAGACUCAAACCGUGAAUUCACUGAUCAUUCAACUAAAACAAUCAGUUCUGUGAGAGUCUCUGAUGGAGGAACAUACCAGUGCAGAGCAGAGAGAGGAAAAUACUACACAGAGAUCAGUGAUACAAUUAACAUAACAGUAAGAGAGAGACCCAAACCUGUAGUGCGUGUUCAGCCUGAUGUUCGUGUGUUCAGAGGAGAGACGGUCACUCUCACAUGUGACAUACAGGAGGCAGGAGUCUGGCGGUACAACUGGUAUAAAGAUCAAGAUUACAGCAGAAGUCAAGUCCAGAUCUAUUACAGCGCAGGACAAGACCAGAUCUAUAAAAUCACAUCUGUGGAUCGGUAUCAUGCUGGUGUGUACAGCUGUAGAGGAAACAAGACUGAAGCCCCACAGUACUCAGAGAUCAGUGACGGAGUUACACUGACAGUAUCAGGUUUACCCACACCUACACUGACUGUGACUCCAGACAGAUCUGUAUUCACUGGAGAGACAGUCAAUCUGAAGUGUGAGAUAAACUCUGAUCACAGUGACUGGAAAUAUGAGUGGUAUAAAGGCUACAGUGUGUUACAGACGUCUGAGCGUUACACUGUAAACAGAGACACUCUCAGUAUUGUUGAAGCUGUUAAGUCUGAUCAGGGUCAGUACUGGUGUAGAGGACUGAGAGAUGGAAGACCAAACUCAUCACAAUCAAGAUCUGUUUAUCUCUCUGUGUAUGUGACGGAUUCACCCACAUCUACACUGACUGUGACACCAGACAGAUCUGUAUUCACUGGAGAGACAGUCAAUCUGAAGUGUGUGAUAGAGACUUACAGUUACUGGAGAUGGAGAAAUGGUCUGACACAUGAGUGGGGAGACUGGACACAUGAGUGGAGAUAUGAGUGGUAUAAAGGCAGCAGAUCCAGUGUGAAGUUACAGACGUCUGAGCGUUACACUGUAAACGGAGACACUCUCAGUAUUGUUGGAGCUGUUACAUCUGAUCAGGGUCAGUACUGGUGUAGAGGACAGAGAGAUGGAAGACCAAACUCAUCACAAUCAAGCUCUGUUUCUCUCUCUGUGAAGGAUAAACCGAAGCCAAUUCUGACUGUAAGUCCCCAGAGUUCAGUGUUCACUGGAGACACAGUUACUCUCAGCUGUGACGUGGGACAGUCAACUGGAUGGACGUUUCUCUGGAGGAAAGACUCAAACCGUGAAUCCAUUGAUCAUUCAACUAAAACAAUCAGUUCUGUGAGAGUCUCUGAUGGAGGAACAUACCAGUGCAGAGCAGAGAGAGGAAAAUACUACACAGAGCUCAGUGAUACAAUUAAGAUAACAGUGAGAGAGAGACCCAAACCUGUAGUGCGUGUUCAGCCUGAUGUUCGUGUGUUCAGAGGAGAGACGGUCACUCUCACAUGUGACAUACAGGAGGCAGGAGUCUGGCGGUACAACUGGUAUAAAGAUCAUUACAGCACAGGACAAGACAAGAACUAUAAAAUCACAUCUGUGGAUUGGUCUCAUGCUGGUGUGUACAGCUGUAGAGGAACCCAGACUAAAGCCUCACAGUACUCACAGUUCAGUGACAGAGUUAUGCUGACAGUAUCAGAUUCACCCAUAUAUACAUUGACUGUGACACCAGACAGAUCUGUGUUCACUGGAGAGACAGUCAAUCUGAAGUGUGAGAUAGAGACUUACAGUGACUGGAAAAGGAGAAAUGGUCUGACACAUGACUGGAGAAAUGACUGGACACAUGAGUGGAGAUAUGAGUGGUAUAAAGGCAGCAGAUCCAGUGUGAAGUUACAGACGUUUGUGCGUUACACUGUAUACAGAGACACUCUCAGUAUUGUUAAAGCUGUUACAUCUGAUCAGGGUCAGUACUGGUGUAGAGGACUGAGAGAUGGAAGACCAAACUCAUCACAAUCAAGCUCUGUUUCUCUCUAUGUGAAGGGUCUAAAGCCAAAGCCUGAACUCACAUCAGAUCCUGCAGGAGCUGCACUGACAGGAAACACAGUGACUUUGACCUGUCGCAUGGAUCCGUCUACUGGAUACUGGGACCUUUACUGGUACAAACACACACUGAACCCUGAGACAGAGAAGAGAGAAACAAACUCCUACAGACUGAAGAUUGAUUCAGUGUCUGAUGGAGGCCAGUACUGGUGUAGAGCUGGAAGAGGGAAACCAGUCUAUUACACAAACUACAGUGAUGCACUGUGGGUCAAUGUUACAGAGAGUCCUAAAGCUGUGCUGACGGUACGACCUGAUAAAAAUGUGUUCAGAAGAGAAACAGUCACUCUCAGAUGUGAGAUAAAGUGGGGAGGAGACACUGAGUGGACAUACAGAUGGGAAAUAAAUGGAACCAACAACUUGAAUAUAAACUCUGCCAAUCGAUGUACAAAACAAGAGUGCUGCACCAGUGGAGUCAAUAAACAGAAACACAGAGAUGCUGUCAGUCUGUGCUCAACACAAGAGUUGAACAUCAGCAGUGUUAAAUACUUUCACAGUGGUAAAUACACCUGUACAGGACAGAUAAACACUCAGAUCUCUCAGCGCAGUGAUGCUGUUACACUGACUGUAUCAGCUGAAGCUCAGGCAGCAGUGCGAGUGUCUCCACAGCCGUGGCUGACUGAAGGAGAAUCAGUGACUCUGAUCUGUGAGGUUUCAGGCUCCUCUACAGGCUGGACAUUCAGCUGGUUCAGAGAUCAUGAUCAUCUGUCAGACAGCAGCAGAGGAGCUGGAGGAUCUUACACUCUCAGUCCUGCUGCUCUACAGCACACAGGAGUUUAUACGUGCAGAGCAGAGAGAGGACGACCAGCCUAUUACACACACAACAGCAGCACACAGCCACUGUGGGUCACUGGUGUUUCUUCUUCAGUGUCUCUGGUCAUCAAUCCCAGCAGAAGUCAACACUUCUCAUCUGACUCUCUCUCUCUGAGCUGUGAGGAUCAGAGUAACUCUGCUGGAUGGACAGUGAGAAGAUACACAGACAAAGACACAAACACUUGUUCAACACAAAUAGGAUCUGCAUGUGUAAUCGAGUCUCUCAGCACAUCUGACACUGGAGUGUACUGGUGUCAGUCUGAAUCUGGAGAGAAACGUCAUCCUCGAAACAUCACUGUACAUGAUGGUGAAGUGAUUCUGGUGAGUUCUGUUGAUCCUGUGAUUGAGGGAGAGACUCUGAAUCUACACUGUUUACAUCGAUCUACAAACUCCCCGAUCCUCAGCGCUGAUUUCUAUAAAGACGGAUCACUGGUCCAGAAUCAGACGACAGGAGAGAUGAACAUCACUACUGUCUCAAAGUCACAUGAGGGUUUCUACUACUGUAAAACAGAGAGAGGACAGUCACUCCACAGCUGGAUCUCAGUCAGAGCUCCUCAAUCAUCUUCUCAAUCAUCUUCUCUUCUGGUUAUUGGUGUUUCUGUAGGAUUGAGUUUUUUCUUGUUGUUCCUCGUCUCACUGGUUCUGCUGUGGAGACACAAAAACAACAAAGAUCAUCACCGUAACACUCAACAGACAUCAGACUCAAAUCGAUCUGGAGAAUCUCAUGUGGAAAACUCUCCUCUGCAGCCUGGUUCAGAUCACAUUUAUGAUGACGUGGCUGCAGUGAAUAAUGGAGAUAAAGAUCCAACGCCAUCUUCAGACAUUACAUAUUCAGAGGUCACUGUUAAGAAAAAGAGAUCCGUGGAUAAAGACAAUACUACGGCAGAGUCAAACAUUGUGAUGUACUCAGAAGUCGGAACUAAAGUAAAGAAAUUCAAAAGCAAAGAUAUUAAUACUUCAGGACCCAGUGAUUUGACUUACGCACAGAUCAAUAUACAGGACAAAAAGAAAAGCAAGGGUAAAGGCGCUGGACUUGCUGAUGUUCUGAUUAAAAUGAAAUCUAAGGAGAAAUACAGAGGGAAGAGCAGCGAGUCUGGAGACACUUUAUACUCUGAAUUGAACCACAACACAGAUAGAGGUGUUGAUGCUGAAGUCGGUGAUGCAACUUGUGCUCAAGUCUUUAAGAAGAAAGGUCACAAAAAGAAUAAAACACGUCCCUGAGAUCAGCGAAGAGAACAGACGCAAGAAGAGAAACACCAGCAGAAGAAAUGAAUCUGAGUCAAAUGCUUAUGUACAUGCUUGAAUGAAAGAGAAUUGCACUAUAUUAUCUGUACACAUAUUGUGUAAACAAUUAAAUCUAAUAUAUAGUAAAACAUUUUCUAGUGAGCAUUUAUGUUUAACACGUUACCUGUCUUAUCAAAUAGAGCCUGUGUUUUUGCCAAGAUAAGAUAAUUUUUCUUAUAGCAUAUAUAUUGUUUUCUUUCUUUUUUUUUUUUUAUGCUGCAGUUAAUGAAGUGUGAGAUUUCUAUUUGAUAAAUAAAAACAUAACAUUAUCUUUGCAUGAGUUUUUCAUGUUUUAAUUUGUUAACCUAAGGUCAUAAGGGUUUAAAAUGUUAAAAAUAUUGUUCUUACAUUGUUGUUAUUCUUACGAACAAAAGUAAUGACCGUAUUUUGAACAGUUCAGUUCAGGUCACGGGUGUUUUCAGUGUAUUUUCUGAUUUUCUGAUGCUGUGACUAAUCUGACCUACAAAGAGAAAAUACAGUAAUGAAUAUGAAAACUGGUAGCAAUCAAAAUUCAUUGAAAUCUAUACGAGAAAACCAUGAACCAUGAAGGCCUGUUCACAUGUUUGAGAUUAACUUCUGGUGUCAGUCCAGCGAAUCUUGCAGGGGCUUCAUGAAGGGGCACCAGUGGUGGAAUAGGGUGCAUAGUAAGGCGGCAUAUUUCAGCUGCCAUUAAACUUCAUCAAAGAACAUCUAAAUUUAAAGGAUCCUUUGAAGGCAGCCUUAGUUUUGCGUCCUUCAUUCAGCUCAUUUUGAACAAUGCAUCAAGUGUAUCUUUUACAUCCUUCAAUUACCAACAAUCCUUUGCACAAAUUCCAAUUCAUAAAUAAAAAAAGAAAAGAAAAAAGAGA